AUGGCGAGCGAUCUGACAUCCUCUUCCCUCCCCAACACCACCCCCCCUAACAGUCUAGAGCCAUACACCACGCUGCUGCAAUGGAUGACCCAAAACGGUGGCCGUCUGCAUGAAAGCGUUCAAAUAGCCAAGGACGAGCGUCGCGGCGUGCACCUCCAAGUACGAAAGGACUGGGCUGCCGGCGCCGUCCCCACCGGCACGCACAUCAUCCAGACGCCCCUGGCCUCGACCAUGUCGUACUUCAACGCUAUUGACUACGCCGGCGGGAGUGCUGUGUUCCCCGCGCACGGGGUGCAUCUCCCGCGGGCGUUCAUGGACGCCGUCGGCACCGACGAGACGUCGAUUUUCUUUCUGAUCGGGCAGUUUCUGCGCGGAGCGGACGGCUUCUGGGCCCCGUAUUUGCGGACGUUGCCGCAGCCGGGAGAAUUGACGACGCCGGUGUAUUAUGGCGAGGGGGAUGUGGGGUGGUUGGCCGGGACGAGUCUGUUGGCGGCGAGGGAGCAGAAGACGAGCUUGUUGAGAGAGAAGUAUGAGCGGGCGACGAAGGUGUUGGGGGAGUUGGGGUUUGAGGGGUGGGAGCUGUAUACAUGGGAUCUCUAUAUUUGGGCUUCGACGAUUUUCGUCUCGCGCGCCUUCUCGGCCAAGGUACUCUCUGGAGUCAUUCCGGACGAGGAGCUGCCGGAGGAAAACGUCUCGGUUCUUUUGCCGUUUAUUGAUGUCUUGAAUCAUCGUCCCUUGGCAAAGGUGGAGUGGCGGGCUGGGAAGGACGAUGUUUCAUUCGUGGUGUUGGAGGGCGUUUCUGCUGGCGAGGAGAUUGCCAACAACUACGGGCCUCGGAAUAAUGAACAGUUGAUGAUGAACUAUGGAUUCUGUCUUCCGGACAAUCCGUGUGAUUAUCGGAUCGUCAGUCUCCGCGCACCGCCGGGCAGUCCGCUUCAGGUCGCAAAAGCCCAACAGAUCCAGAUGUUCCCUGAGAUGGCUAGUGUGCUGGCUGAUGACCAUUACUACGUGUUUAAUGUCUUUUAUCCCCUCCUUGCUCCCGAUACCCCCAUGGAGCAUUCGAUCUUCUCCCCGGCGCUGUUCAAUGGCGUGUCCAUCUUGGCAGCCAACAACCGGGAAUUAGAGACUUUAGAGAUCUCAGAGCAAGGGGUCCGGAUUGCCGAUGCCUAUGGAAAUUCGCGGACCAUUCUUGCUGCUAUCAGCCAGAUCAUCAUCGAGCUGAUCACUCACAUCGUGAAAUUGAGAUCAUCCGCGGAAGGGCUCGAGAGUCCCGCCAACCUCAAGCAGACUCAUGCAAAGAUAUACCGGAACAGCCAGAUCAUGUUGUCCGAGACAGCACUGGUGAUUGCGGCAUGGACCCUCAAUCGGUCGCGGCAGCAUAGCUUCACCGGAAGCUGGGAGGAAACCAAGCGCCUCUUGAGCGCCCACAUGGGCCGGAUCCCGGCAGGCAAGUUUCCGGAUACCCUCCAGUCCCGGACCCAGGUGCGGAUUCUAGAGCGACAGUCCAUCCUCGCCAACAACGGGGAACUCUUUGCACUGGAGGAACUGCUGAAACUCCUCCCGGCUGAGAUGCAACCCGCCUGCAAAGCGUGCUUCCAAGAGGUUAAUACGACCGUAGAGAAGGCCAUUCCCAUGCUGCGAGGAAGCGGCGAGAAUCCCUUUGCCUUCCCUCUUUUCAUUUGCGCAGUGGCAGCUACCUACAUGACCACGAAGGAUUCCCCCAACGGCUCGCCGUUGUCGCCUCGGCUACUCAAAUGGGCCGGCUUCCUGCUCGAGAAUUACCCGCCCCCUCCUGACGAUGUGCUCUGGGCUGUGGAAGACGAGGACGAUCAAUAUUUACUGACUAUGUUUGACGACGCUCUAGAGGAUAUGAAAGGCCAGAACAAUGGGGUCUUCUCUCAUUUGGCCGCGUACACCGGGGCGUGGGAGGGCGACAACUGGUGGCUUUCCCCCAACUGGGUGCGAUGGGCCUGGAUGCUUGUCGAGCAAGAGAGCGUGUCGGUACCGGAUGAUCCGCUGGGACUGUUAGCUACGGGAGAAGCUGGACAAGGGUCGGUGAUGCUGUCGACGGUGUCGUAUCUGCGGAUUCUCAGCAAGCGCAGGAAUUGCCGCGACUCAACUCCACGACAGCAUCAUAUCUUGUUCCGUUCGCCUUCCCUGCUCCUCCUCCUCCCCCCUCAUUCCCCCUCCCCCAAUUGGGUCCCAGCUGUCACCAUGAUAUCUCGAGCGGCGGCUCCCACGCCUUCCUCCCUCGCCAACCUUUCCUCCCGGUCUCUCCGAGUCCAGGGCCCGGCUGCCCGCUCCUUCGCGACCGUCCAGGACAACGCCCCCCCCGUUCGCGGCCAUGGCGGUCUGCAAGAUCAAGACCGCAUUUUCACGAAUCUUUACAGUCACCAUGGUCCGGAUCUGAAGUCGGCAAUGAAGUACGGUGACUGGCACCGCACCAAGGACAUCGUGUUGAAGGGUCAUGACUGGCUCAUCUCCGAAAUCAAGGCCUCUGGUCUUCGUGGUCGUGGUGGUGCCGGUUUCCCCUCGGGAUUGAAAUACUCCUUCAUGAACUUCAAAGAUUGGGACAAGGACCCCCGCCCCCGAUACCUGGUCGUCAACGCCGAUGAGGGUGAGCCCGGAACCUGCAAGGACCGUGAGAUUAUGCGGAAAGACCCCCAGAAGCUCAUCGAGGGCUGUCUCGUCGUGGGCCGUGCCAUGAACGCCAACGCCGCCUACAUUUACAUCCGUGGUGAAUUCUACCACGAAGCGACCAUUCUCCAGCGGGCCAUCAACGAGGCCUACGAGGCCGGCCUGAUCGGCAAGAACGCCUGCGGCACCGGCUACGACUUCGACGUCUACAUCCACCGUGGUAUGGGUGCUUACAUCUGCGGUGAGGAGACCUCGCUCAUCGAAUCCAUCGAGGGCAAGGCCGGCAAGCCCCGUUUGAAGCCCCCCUUCCCCGCUGCCGUCGGUCUGUUCGGCUGCCCCAGUACCGUCACCAACGUCGAGACCGUCGCCGUGACCCCUACCAUCAUGCGUCGUGGCCCCAACUGGUUCUCCUCGUUCGGUCGUGAGCGUAACGUGGGUACCAAGCUCUUCUGUAUCUCCGGCCACGUCAACAACCCCUGCACCGUCGAGGAGGAGAUGUCCAUCCCUCUGCGCGAGCUGAUCGACCGCCACUGCGGUGGUGUCCGCGGCGGCUGGGACAACCUCCUGGCUGUCAUCCCCGGUGGAUCUUCGACCCCCGUCAUCCCCAAGACCGUCUGCGACGAACAGCUCAUGGACUUCGACGCCCUGAAGGACUCCCAGACCGGUCUGGGAACCGCCGCCGUUAUCGUCAUGGACAAGUCGACUGACAUCGUGCGCGCCAUCUCCCGUCUGUCCACCUUCUACAAGCACGAGAGUUGCGGUCAGUGCACUCCCUGCCGUGAGGGCAGCAAGUGGACCAUGCAGAUGAUGCAACGUCUGGAGACCGGUCAGGCCCGCGAGCGUGAGAUCGACAUGCUCCAGGAGCUCACCAAGCAGGUCGAGGGUCACACCAUUUGCGCUUUGGGUGAGGCCUUCGCCUGGCCCAUCCAGGGUCUGAUCCGUCACUUCCGUCCCGAACUCGAGACUCGCAUCAAGGAAUACCAACAGGAGCUGGGUGGCCAGUCUCCCUACGCCGGUGGCUGGCACCCUAACAGCAAGGCGGAGGGCAAACUGAUCUCCCCUGGCAUGUAA